GUUUGCUUGUGGUUGGUUGUGUUUGCUUUGCGUGAUCCUUUUUCGGAAAAUAAUUAUUUCCGCCGUGGAACUACCUACUUCGCGGAUGCUUGGCGAUUACAUCACGUUCCAACGAAAUGCCAAGCGGGACGAAUCAUUUAGUUCUGUAUUAAUAAACUGAAUAAAAUGUCGGCUUUCGUGAACUACAGGAAUGAGAGCACAGUGGACGUAGUCGAAGCGACCACAAAAGACAAUGUUACGUUCUACAAAAUCAUUGUUAAAGUGGGAUUUAUUCAGUGGAAUGUAUUACAUCGGUACAGUGAUUUUGUAGAUCUCCACGAGAGGCUGGUCAAUGACCAUGGCGUAGCCAAAGACCUGUUACCACCAAAAAAAGUUAUACGAAACAAAACGCCAAAAUUCGUGGAACAAAGGCGAGAAGCAUUGAACGAAUACCUGAAGAACGUUUUUAAUUAUCUUAAGUUAACCAUGCCAAAAGAAUUUGCCCACUUUUUAGACUUCCAGAUGUAUGACAUAUACUUUUUAUUACAAGACUUAGCAAAAAAGCUGUUCUUAGAAGGUGAUAAAUUGUUGGAGAGUGAAAAAUCUCAUAAAUUUACUCUAUUAGAGUUGCACGCAAUCAGUGAGAGAUUUAAAAUGGCAUGCCCAUCAACAGAAAAACAAGAUCAAAUGUAUGACUUCAGCCACAUACUGGAUUUCUGCUCUCAAGUCACCUCCCUAAGCAUAGAAGGAAGCUAUGAGAAGCUGGGUACAAGCAAUAUAGUACCCAAUGACUUACGUUUUGAUCUCAUACCAUUCAAGUCUCUAGCAGAUUUGAAAAUUCUUGGAGUGCCAAUGGGAUGUAUACAAAGUGUUGGUAGUCUCCGUGAUACGCUGACCAGAUUGUCAGUUCACAUUGCCAGUGUGAUAUCAAUGAACGAGUUUCUGCUGGUUGAUGUGCUACACAAAGAUCCUUCUAGUCUUGCAGAUACUGUGAUAUGGAAAAAACUGUCGUCUAUAAGCUUCGUGAGCAACAACAUAAACAAAGUCGACUGGGCGAUUAAACUGGUUCCAAAAUUACAGCAUUUGAAUCUUUCAUCCAACAAACUAACUGAGCUCUGCGAUAUAUCAUGCCUUCACGAACUGAGAGAGCUUAACUUGUCUAUGAACAGAUUUCAUCUAUGCGAGAACUGGCAUGCUAAAAUAGGCAACAUAGUCAAAAUAGAUCUAUCCCAGAACAAAAUAGAAUCUCUACAAGGUUUUUCGAAGCUUUACUCUUUAGAAAGCUUAGAUCUAAGUUGCAAUAUAAUAACGGAUGUAGAAGAAGUACAACAUAUUUGUAAUUUACCCUGUUUAGAAUAUCUAUGGUUAACAGCGAAUCCCGUAGCGUCAUCCAUAGACUAUAGAGUAAAAGUCAUAGAGCAAUUCAACGCGAGGAUGACGGAAAUCUGUCUAGACAACGAAAAAGCUUCAGAAAAAGAACUGGAUACAGCGAGAGUUCUACAAGCUUUGAGAAUAGUCAAAGAAGGCAAGACACCCAGUUUCUUGAAGAAUAAUAACACGAGUCAUAGCUUUAAUAGGAGUUGACGACGGAGAAUCGAUUUGGAAUCGAUUAUUAUCGAGUAUUUAACGGUUGAUUAGACAUUUUUUGUACCUAGUUUAAUUAAAAAAUAAAAUAUCACAUAGUGAUUAUGGUAGUUACAUUAUGUACUCGUUUUACGUAUUUAGGUUCAAUGAUAUUAUUUUACGAUAGAUAUGUAACGUUUAUAUUACAUAGCGUAUGAAAUAUCUACUUUUUACUUAUUUAAAAACGGUUUAUUGUGUCAACGUAAGUACAGCAUUCAGAGAGGGUAUUUUAAAAUGUACGAGUAUUUUUACGAAAUUUAUAGUAGCUCCGACGAACGGUCCUCCAUCAGACAGACAAAAUUUUG